GAGUAAAGAAACAUCUUCCGUGGUUAAAGUUCAAGAACAUGGCGGCCUCAGUGAAGAUGCUCAAUGUUAUUUAGCCAUGCUGGAAUCUGUUACUUGUGCUUUAUUCAUUCAUUCAUUCCUUCAGGUUUUAACUGUAUAGACGCUUACCCUUAAUCAUAACUAGAUAUUCUUCAACAUGUUGCGGGCUUUAUCGAGGUGUCAUGAUCCUGUAGUCCGUCUUCUCGCUCCUCGCUCUACUGUUUUGGUCGAAACUGUCAGGGGAAGAAAAUCUCGCACAGACCCCAAAGCGAAGUCAAAAUUGGGCCGGAUCAAGACUCCCCCUCCCGUGGAUCCAGUGGAAAUGGUUGUACUAAAGGAGCGUUUCACUGAGUACAAUUUGAUCCUAAGAGCCCUGCGACUUGAGUUCAAGGAGCAGGUGUUGAGGAAGAAAUAUGAAGAUGAGGUUGGUUCCGCCGCAGAGGAGAGAGCUAAAAGAGAGGCUGAAGAGCAUCGGUCACUAAUGGCCUGGAAUGAUGCUGAAAACCUCAGAUUACGUAAAAUACGAGAGCAGCGUGUGCAGAAGGAGGCUGAGGAAGCGGAAAUGAAAAGGAGAGAAGCAGUCCUUUUACGCCAGCAAGAGUUGGAGAACUACAUUAAAGAGAAAGAAAGACAAAUUCUUCAACUACAGGAAGAGGCAAAGGACUUCAUCACACUGGGUAAUCUAGAUCAGCGGAUUGAAGAGGCUCUUGACAACCCGAAAAACUACAAUUUUGCCAUCGAUAAAGAAGGACGUAUUGUCAAACGGACUGCGUUUCAGUGAUAAAAACACAAUUAGAAGAACAAAAAUACCUAUGUAAAUAAAAUAUAUACUGUCAGUGUCAUGGUUUAAGCUGUUUGUUUGGAUAAAAAAAAAGUUUUUUCUCAAAAUUGAUUCACAUGAGUUCUUUGUCUUCUGACACUUUAUGAGAGAGUCAGUGGAUGUAGUGAGUGAUAUCUUUCUGUGUGUGUACUGUGUGAGGAACUCAUUUUCAAAAUGUCUCAAAUAUACUUGUCUCUUGGAACUGAUUUGUUAAGAUGGUGUUCAUUAAUUAAAACAGUUCAUACAGUAAA